GCAGGAGCGACGGUGCAGUUGCGCCGGAGAACGAAGUAAGACGAAACGAGUCGGUGACAAUCCGACAUUUUGGAUAUUCGGAAAGGAGCGAGUGAGAGCGAGGCGACAUACUCAUUGUCAGUGCGAGAUCAAAGCGCGGAGAAAUGAAAGCCGCCGCGCGGAUUUUAACACUGACGUAUCGAUAAAAUCUGCACUAUAAAUUCGGCCGAUCCCUCGACGGUGCCGACACUGCCAACGACGACUCCCCGAUGAUGCGGAAACGUUUGUUUCGCCAGAGGAGCAUCGAAAAAACGACGAGAUGAGCGUGGUAGAAACAACGGGACAGCACGCGGCGGAUACAUUUUUUACGAUGAUGCUGCCGCAGCGACAAUGCAGAUAUUGCAGACAUUACUGUAGACAUCAUAGAUGUCGUAUAUGUGAUUAAUAUCAAGAAGUAAUUUCUCGAGAGUGGAUACCAAGAUAUACUUGAAACUUCUUUACUUGGUAAUAAUGGCUUACGAUCCACGUAACGUGAAAUAUUCACCAAAUACCUCGCAGCGGCCCAAUGUGGUUGGAUACAAUUAUUCUGGCCAUCCACCGCAGCAUUUCCAGCAAACCGAUGAAAAUCGGAAUGAAAACAACAAUUUGCGCAGCAGCAAAGAACUUUGUCCACAAAUCUCACAGCAGUCAUCCAGCACACAGACUGUGCAGAAAGUAGACGCUGCGACUAUGACGGAUCCUCUGCAAAUUGAUUUUAGGCUUUCCGAAUGCCUGGCACGUUGCUCUAGUACGUUAGGUUUACCAUACGCGACUAAAUAUGAGGACUGUGGUACAAAUUCUACGUAUCAAGAAGUAAGAGCAAAAAUCGAAUUUGAUAUUGAACCACAGCAUAUUAAUGGUAUGUUGGUUUACCAUUGCCCCGAGUGUGCAUAUAGAUUUAAUGAUCGGGAGGCACUUCACGAACAUCUCGAAGAUCAUAAACAGAGACCACAUAUCUGUGAUAUUUGCGGGGCAAGCUUAAAACGAAAGGAACACUUGGAUCGUCAUAAGCAAGUUGGAAAAAAAAGAUGUAAGAAACAGAAACGAAGAAGACGGUCGCUCGAACCAACAUCGUGGAGGCGGACAAGUGUACACGUAGUUCCGAGAACGGAGAGGCACAACGCGCCGCUUUUUCGACUUAGACCUUAUCAUGGAAAACUAUACGGGUGCGGAAAAUCCAGCGCAAUAUAAAGGCACCGGAAAAGUAUUCCUUCUUCUUUUUUUUUCUUUUUCUUUAGAAACGCAUCAACUAUUAUCUUUCCUUUUUCUACAGGAACAUUACUACAUCUAUGCAGCUCGACGAAACGAUCGUUUCUAUAAACCAUAAGAAUAAACUCGCCUCGUCGAGAAUGGAAAUAGGUUUUUUUUUUAGCUAUCCUUCAAAAUAGAUCUUGAGCCAUUCAUUUGUUUGAAUAGUAUGUCGAACUUUGGAAAUAUUUGCUUCUUUCUCUCAUCCGCUUUCCUUUCUCCCCCCUCUCUCUUUCUCUCUCUCUCUCUCUCUCAUAAAGCUAUUUAUUUUUUCUUCUCGUUAUCUUUCAUCUUUCAUUUUAUUAUUUGUAUAUCCUGCCUAUUAUCUGCAAAUAAAACAGGUUACUUUCCUCAAGACUUGUAUCAUUUCCAUAUAUAUUUUCAUCGAUUUCUUCUCACAUGGGACGUAUGAUAAAUCUCGCGCUCUUUUUUCAAGUAACAUUCAAAAGAUGACAAUAGUGAUCAAAAUAGAUCAAAAUAGACGUCACUACAUCAUCUUUCCAUGUCAUUUUAUUAUAGCUAGAGCUAUAGGCAGUUCGAUAAAUGAUCUCUAAAUUAAAAGACUAUUAAAAGGUCUACAUAAUUCUCUAAUUAAAAGUUAAUUUUUUAUAAACUUUUCUUUUUUAAAUGUUCUUACACGCCUCUAGAGCUGUCAUAUACUUUGCGUUACAAGAAAAAUUAUGUAUACAUUUUAAACUUUUUCUCAACAAAUUAAAAAAAAAAAGUGCGCGAUAUUUUACACGUCGUCCCGCGUACAGCUUUUAGUUUUUGUUUUCUUCUGUUUCUUUCUUAUUUAAUAGUAUGUAUAUCUGUAUAUAAACUCUUACUCGCUAAUGUAUAAUUUAAGACUAACGCUCUGCCUCGACAGUUAUAAGUACGUGGCAAUGAAAUAUCUUAAUAUUAAUUGAUCUCUUACAUAUGGUUUUUAGUAUACACAUGUAUAUAUACCAGUGUAUGAAAUAAUUAUAAUAUAUCAUUAUAUUUGAGGUCUGACGAAACCUGAAUUUUCUGUUACUCAAAACGCGAUUUAUAUUAGAGAUAUGAUGAAAAAGAUAAAAAAAAGUGCAUU